AUGUUUGCUAAUUUCGAAGGAUCGGAUUCGGAUGAAAAAUUUGCUGAUGAGGAUUUUCAAAAAAAUCCACGUGGCACUCGAAGAUCGGAACGUCGUCGGAGAGAUCGAAGUUUGAAAUACCUUCGAGCGAUCAGCGCCAAAAAAUCUAGAGAGGUAGAGUGGGUCGAAUCUCGUGGAAACAUUUGAAUGCUUUUCGUGUUAAACAUUUCAGAGAUACAGUAAUCCAAAAAAAUGCGUGGUUAUUUUGUUGUUUAUUUGUUCAAGAACCACCGAAAAAAGUUUCAAUUCACGAAAUUAAAGUUCUUCUUUUUGUUUAUGCCUUUUUUUAGAUUAAACAAAGAGAAAAAAGAUGUCACGAGAAAUUAAAGUCAAAAAUGACGAUUUUUCGGGGAAUAAAAAUAGGAACGCAAUGCUCUUUUGAAAUUUUCUCACAAGGAAUGGUUUUCAAUGUUCCCCCAAGGAAAAAACCGAGAGUAUGUGGAAUGUUGAAGGUUCCCGUGGGUAAGAAAAACCCUAACGGGAAUAAGGAGAAAAAUGCCUAAUUCUCGAGAAAAAAUGUAUUUUAGGUCGAUUUUUACACCAUUUUUUGAUUUUUAGAGCAUCUGUAACUCGAUUUUGAAUCUAUUUCAUGAACUUUUCAGUCGUGGAAGUUGUUCAGAAUGGUCGAUUACGUGUUUGUGAAACUUUUUAUCAAAAAAUUAGACAUUUUUUGAAAUUUGGUUUUUUCAGUCGGGGUUUUUCUGAUCAAAUGGUCACCAAAAAACACAAAAAAUAAUUUUUUCCAUUUUCAAAUGAACGGAACUUGAAAAAUUUAUGACGGUCAACAGACGUAAUUUGGUCCGUAGAAUCCAAAAAUCAUAGUCUCGAUUCACACAAACUUCUCCUUCACAACGAAAACGUUGAUUUUCUAUGAAUUUUUCAAACUAGAAAUUUGAUUUAGUGGACUUUUGGGACCAAAAUUAUUUUAUUCCUAAUUUUAGUCGAAGUAAUACUAAAGUACGCCGUUUGCGCUACAAAUGGAUUUUUAGACUGACAUUUUUCAUCAAUUUUGAAAAAAGUUUCGAUUUUUCUAAAAAAUUUCAUGGCAAAAAUCAAUAACACCAAAAUUUUCUAAAACAAGGCAUUUUUCUCCUUAUUCCCGUUAGGGUUUUUCUUACCCAUGGGAACCCUCAACAUUCCACAUACUCUCGAUUUUUUCCUUGGGGGAACAUUGAAAACCUUUCCUUGUCAGGGAAACAUUUUUCGAUUUUGAAAAUUGAAAAAUAUAUCAAAAAUGUUUGAACUCUCAUGAAACAUUCAAAAAUUUUUUAAACGUAUAUUUUAUGGGGUUUUUAAUUUGUACAAAACAAAAAUGUGUAACUUUUCAAUUUUCAGCUACCCCCACCGGAAACCUUGGAAAUCCCAAAACCCGUCAAAAAACCGCGCAAAAAUCUACAAAUCCUUUCACCCACAAACCUACCAUCAAAAUGGGAAACUGUUCGGCAAAAAACACCCGAAAUAUUGAGAAUGGAUCAAAAGAAUCGAAAACUUCAUCUGGAUUUGAACAAGGGUUCAGAGAUGAAUGCUGCUGGAACUUCGACAAAUCAGCAAGGAAUUCAAGGUGCUGGUGUCAAAAGUUUCAGCGAUGUUGUGAAAACGGCGAUGGUGAGUUUGGGUCAGACAAUGUUUUGAGGCUGUUCGGAAAAUUUGGAAGCAUUGAAAAUCAUUUAAAACGAUUUUAAAAAAUAAAAUUUCCAUAUUUUGGACACAAAAUCUUAUUUAAAUUUCGAAAAAAGUGACAAGAAAAGGGGAUUUUUCAUUUGUUGGGUAGAUUACGGAUAAUCCGUCUCAUUUUCCGGCUAUUCAUUGAGUAACUAUAGUGACACAUUUUCUUAUCUAUGUAUAUUUUCAGAAAAAAACAAUUAAUUUUGAAAUGUUUUGCAGCUUUUGAGAAAUUGGGUAACUGCCAUGGAACACGAUGAACGGGAAAGUGAGCCGGAUCGAGAAGCGACAACUACGAAUUUUGUCGAGGAAAAUGAGGAGCGCGCGAUUUUGGGAAAUGAUCAUGAGAAUUUUACGACGCCGCCGACGGGAAUUGCGAUUCUCAAGUCACUGAUUUUGGAUCGAUUGGCGUGAGUUUUUAUGGGGAAAUUUGAUGAACUGGAAUAUGAAAAACGUAGCUAAUAGACUAGAAACAAAAACAGCAAAAUUCAUUUAAUCUUCCAGAAAAGGCUACUGGUUCCACAUUUCACAAACAUCAAGUCUAUAUUAUUAUUGGACAUGUUUAAUAGCAACUGGUAUACUCUACAAUAUGUUAGCUAUGGUCAUUUUCAUCUUUGAUGAUGUGUUUUUGGGAUAUUUUGUACCCUGGCUAACUUUGAAUUGUAUUUUUGACGCACUGUUUUUGCUCGACAUUUUUGUGCAAUGUCGAAUGAGUGAGUUUUUCACUGUAUUACUUUUUACAAACGAACUAUUUAAACUUUUUAGCAUUCAAUCACGAGGGAAGCGAAGUUCAAUACACCAAACAUUUGAUUCGAAAUUAUCUUCGAACUUCGCGAGCCGUUCCGGAUUUGAUAUCAAUGAUACCGGUUGAUGUUAUUCUUUUUAUCAAUCCAACCGUUUCAUUAGUCAGAGCGCUAAAGCUGGUCAAAGGUAAUUUUUCGAGAAAAAACUUAUUAAUUUCAAGCACCUUAUAUUUUCAGCCUAUCGCCUGUUCGAUUUCAUAACACUCACCCAAAAAAGAACAGAUUAUCCGCACGCCGUCAAAAUCGCCUUUCUCUCCACCGCCUGUUAUAUUUUAUUCCACUGGAAUGCAUGUGUCUACUUCCUUUUCUCAUUAUUCGAAGGACUUUCGGAAGACGACACAAGUGCUUUCGGUUUUUCGUACUACAAAGUUUUCGACCCUCGUUUCCCAACUUGUCAUGCUUUUUUUGAUAACGAUUGUUGGUUUAACGAGGACGAAGCGGGGACUUUAGAUUUAGAUGAUGAAAGACCAAAAUAUAUGGAAAAGAUGUAUGAUUAUUGGGUAAAUCGACACUAUAAACUAGAGAUGGGUAAUUUUUCGAGAGAAUAUAGCAUGUCCUUAUAUUGGUCAGCUUUAACUAUAACAACAUGUGGUCAGCAACCAUGGCCAUCCACUUCACCACAAAAUAUGUUAGAAGUUGUAGACACUCUAAUUGGUGUUUUGGUUUUUGCGACAAUUAUUGGAAGUGUUGGUAAUGUUGUUACUCAAAUGAAUCAAAGUGUUUAUGAUUUUCGAGAGAUGAUGGAUGGUAUCAAGUUUUAUAUGAAAUAUCGAGUAGUGAACCUGGAUAUUCAAGAGCGAGUUCUGAAUUGUUUUAUGUAUCUCAACACUCAUAAUCAAUUAUACGAUGAAAAGGAGAUUUUAGAGGUUUUGCCUCCGAGAUUUCAGGCAAAUAUUGCUGAGAAUCUGCAUAUGGAUACUUUGAAGAGAGUUCAAUUAUUCGGAACAUGUGAUGCAAGAUUCCUUCGGGAAGUUGUCCUGCUCGUAAAGCAGCAGGUCUAUUCGCCAAAUGAUUAUUUAUGCAGAAAAAAUGAGAAAGCUAAGGUACUCCCAAAAUAUUUUGAUUGAUGAUGUUAUUAUAUUUUUGUUUUUAAGGAAAUGUUCAUUGUCAAAAAAGGAACAUUGAGUGUGAUCGAUGAUGAUACUGGCACUGAAUUAGAACUCCUGAAAGAGGGUUCAACAUUCGGAGAGCUUUCGAUUGUUCAUGUUCGGGGAAAUCUAUUGGGAGAUCGAAGAAGUGUAUCUUUAAGAUCUGUGGGAUAUUCGGAUGUUUAUGUACUACAUCAGGAUGAUGUGACAAGGAUGUUACAAGAAUAUCCGACAGAUCGAGAGAUAUUGUUGAAGAAUGGUAAAGGGUUUUAUAAAAUUAAUCAAAAUGGAAGGUUUUUCAGCCCGUCAUAUGCUGCAUUCUCGUGGGCUUCUAGAAACAUCCGAACUUGGAGAAAUGUGUGACGGUGAAGAAAAUCUUGAAGACGAUGCAAUGAUUGAUUUGUUAUCAGUUGAUGAACAAUUAGCCAGACUGCAUAAUAUUGUAGGAGAUUUGGAUCAAGAAUUGACUCAUAUGAUCACCUCUUUUGCUGUACGUAGUUAUCCAGCUAAGAAUUUAAGCUAAAUAUCUUUUAUUUUUCAGCACACAACUCUGUACUACAAACAACGAGUAACAGCUUUGGAAAACACCUUUAACUAUAAUCGCAAACGAAUUCGUCGCGAUUGCAUUCGAGGUUUACUGUGA